AUGCAGAACUCGUAUGCACAGCUCAUCUCUCAGCUGUCUAACACGCAAGUAGGUGCUGGCCGAGAAAGCUCGCCAGAUCAGCGAUACUAUGAAGGCGGAAAUCGUUACUAUCAGAGCCCGGAGUACCAUGACUCGCUCACGCAGCGAACCGACUCCUCGAAAGACACGCCGCCCACGGCUAGCCUGGCUUCUGGCAGAAGCUCGAGCGAUGCCAACCACGACGAUCUCAGGACACCUCCUGAGCCCAGCUACGAUGCUUUCGAGCCGUCCUUGGAGUCGGCUCACUACCAUCCUAGCCCUGCGCAUCAGGAGCAUCGAGCGCCUCUGUAUGCGCAGCCAGAUCUACCAUAUGCUUCAUCCUCCUCUGCCUUGCCUCUGGCCAGCCAGACCGCUCCAAACGCUGGUGCCCAUGCUCCUCAACUCGGCUCGCCAUUCCAGCCGUCGCAGCGCCAGCCACAGCAGCCGACUCGGUCUCUGCAGCGCCAGGAGCUCCAGCAGGUUCUUUCGCGCUACGAUAUCAGUGAUGACUCGGCGCUCGAGAUGCUCAGCGACGAUUUUGAGGCACAGAGACGUGCAGCUGGCAAGGCCAGGAUGAUGCCCGGUCAGCACGCCGAGUCGAACAACGCCACCGCAGUCUCCUCCCCGGCGCAGUCGGCUGUUGGCCACGGCAGGCGGGGGUCGUCGAACGUGACCGUGCUCGACGCCAGCAAGCCCUUCACACGCCUCGGAACGCAAGACAUCGCCUUUAGCGCAGCCAAUCUCCCGGAGCGCCGACUGACCGCAGACGACUGCGUCGACAUCAUUGUGUCGCGCCAUCCCACACUGUGUGAUGCUCCCCUGCGCGAGUUCGGCGAGGACGGUCAGCCGCUGCCCCCGACCAAGAAGCAGGAGACAAGCGAUGAGGAGCGCGCGGCACGCAAGCAGGCGCUGGGUGUCAAGUUUUGCGCCAAGCAGCGCCUCUCGCUCAUCAAGGCUAUGAUUUUGAUGGAGUCGCGCUCUGCCUCCUGGAAGCGCGUUGGGCCGUUCAAUGCGGCCAACACCAACACUAACACUGCCAUGGGUGUCGAUCCGAUGGAUGCUACUGGUGCUACGUCGCACGGAGAGCAGGGCGUUGGCCGUCUGCCUCCCAUGCCGAGCCCAUGGUCCAUCGAGAUCCGCCACGAGCAGCUUGAUGUGGCUCAGAUCAAGGGCAAGUCCAAGAAGUCUGUCGAACUCGCCUCGCUGCGCACGAAUGCCCUUUGCACAAAGUGCGAGGGCUCCAAGCUCGGUGCAUGCCUCACCUGCAAGGCCGAGCAGGCCGACGAGUGCUUCUGGUGCUCGGGUACCGGUCGCGAAAAGACGCGUGCCCAGGCGUGGUGUCGUCGCUGCCAGGGUGCCGGUGUGCUCAAGUGCAACACCUGCCACGGUUCGCUCAAGUCGGACUGCCGAUCGUGCGAGGGUACGGGCAUGGGAGAAUACGGCUUCUUCGUCGACGUCACGGUCAAGCGGGUCGAGAUGCCUGCUGUGCCCCUGGCCACGCUCUUCCCUCAGCUCGAAAGCGCAUCUGCCUCGUUCCAGCCCAGCUACGACGAGGUCAGGGCAGCCGCGAAGCUUGCUCUGUGGGACUCGAUCACCAAGCUGACCGAGGCGAGGCACCACGCCGUUGCUACCAAAGGCGGCAAGAGCAAGAGCAAGGACAUGGUCCCUGUCAUGGCCGCGUGCGUGUGGGAGAAUUCCACGUCGCAUGUGGUUUCUGUGGAUGUUCCGCUGACAGCCAAGUUCAAGAAGGGUGCCUCUCCCGCUCUACGACCCGAAGGCCUGCAGAGGAAGAUUCCGACGCAGAGGAGGUUCUUCACCGUUCCCACCGACGCUGACCUUUGCUCGGUCGAGCUCUCGGAGGAGGAGGUCAAGAAGAUCGUGCAUGACUCGAUCGGCGACCACGCCAUCAGUGGACGCGGUCCUUCACCCGCCACCCCUCCUGACUCGCGGGGUUCUUCGGGCUACGCCCUUGGCAGCCCGUACGGCUCCACUACGCCAUCGCCACCGAUGAGCCUGUCCGGCUCGUCUUCCGCUUCGCUCGCCACGCCGGACGAGGGAGCCGGCAUGUCGGGCUACUCCACCCCUUCCAGGGUCCCGAGCCCUCGCUCGGACUUGCCUCCGGCCAAGCCAGCCGCCAAGGAAUUUGUGCAUCGUCCCAGCCCGCUCUCCCAGCUUGCAGCGACCACGCCUGCAGCCUCGACCUUCUCGGUGCAGACAGACGCAGCAAGGCUGGACAGCAAUUAUAGCAACGGCUCGCCUCGCUCUUCUCCCGAGCAGUCCCCUGAGGGUCGCUCCGGACAGAAGCUCAGGAGACCAUCGGCGGGCCAGAUCCUGAGCAAGAAGCUCAGCUCCAACAUCCUCAACAAGCUCAGCGCCCACAGGGGCUCGGUCUGA